AUGAGUAACGAGGAACUUGUGAAAGUGAAUUGCCAUCAUUCUGGGCAAUUCAAAGAAGCAAAUGGUGUUUGUGAUUACAUUGAUGGAGUGGUUGAUGUGUUUGAAAUGCAUCCUGAUGAUAUCUUCAAAACUGUGAUAGCCCUGAAGUUGCUUGACAAGAAUAUCGAGCUUGGGAGUAUGUGGUACAAGCUACCAUUUGAAGAUUUAGCAGAUAAGCAUUCUCUUGAGGGUGAAGCAAUAAAAAAGCCGAUACAAAAAUGGAUGGUUAAAACGUAUUAUGAUGAGCAUACAUGUCAUCCUGUUGGGCGAUGUGAGAUAAUAAGGAGUCCUGUGGUUGCUGACUUGUUUCUUGAAGACAUAAGAAGAGAUCCUGAGAUGAGUGCUCCUGAAAUCAAAGAUGAGAUGAAAAGGAGGUACAACAUCAUCAUUACACCUUCACAGUCACAAUCCGCAAGAAGGAGGGCAUUUAGCAAGCUGCAAGAUGAAUGCAAUGCCCAAUUUUCAAGACUUCGAGACUAUCAGUACCAACUAACCAAGACAAUGCCUGGUUCAACAGUGGAGAUCAAUACAAGAACUAGAGAUGAUGGUUUAGAUGAAUUUUAUCAGAUUUACAUAUGUUUCGAGCCGCUGAGGACGUCAUGGAAGAAGAACUGUAGACCAAUUAUUGGGUUGGAUGGGACAUUCUUGAAGCACAAUAUCCAAGGAACAUUGCUUACCGCUGUUGGAAGGGAUCCUAACAAUCAGAUCUAUCCUAUAGCUUGGGCGGUAGUAUCAGGGGAGAACCAUGACAACUGGGAGUGGUUUAUUCACAAGCUUAAGGUGGACUUGGAUUUGGGGGAUGGUGAAAACAUUACCAUGAUUUCUGACAUGCACACAAGCAUAAUUCAUGGUAUGGCAUUGGAGUUACCAAAGGCAGAACACCGAGCUUGUGCUAGGCACAUCUACGCCAAUCUUAAAAAGGAUCACAAAUCAGACACCCUGAAGCCACUUUUCUGGAGAGUAGCUAGCAGUUACAAUGAAGCUGACUUUCGGACUAACUUGGCUGCAUUCAGGGAGAUGGAUCCGAGAGCUUGUGAUGAUCUGCUGAAGAAAGAUCAUCGGAAAUGGUGUAGGGCUUUCUUCAGGGUUGGUUCUAGCUGUGGUGAUACACACAACAAUCACACAGAGUCAUACAAUAGGACAUUGAAGAAGGCAAGGAAGAAACCUUUUGUGGAGAUGUUGGAGCUGGUAAGAAGAGAUGCGAUGCAAAGGAUUGCGAAAAGGUUUCAGAUAGCUGAGAAGGAGACUGCAAAGUACACAAAGAAAGCAAGGAAAGAGGUGGAGAAUUCAUGUGAUGAGGCUCAGAACUGUUACUCUCUUUCAAGUACAGGAGGAAAAUAUGAGAUUCUGGAGUUUGGUACUCGAUUUUGUGUGAUAUUGUCUAAGAGGGAGUGUGCAUGUAGAAAGUGGGAUUUAACCGGAAUUCCUUGCCGCCAUGCUGUUUGUGCAAUCAGAGAGAACUGUCAAGAAGUUGAGGACUACAUUUCUGAUUAUUAUUUGACCGAAAAAUGGAAGGAUACUUAUCGUAGAGGUUUAGCUCCGGUUAAUGGAACUAAAUUUUGGGAGGAGAGAGGAGGGAGAAAAAUUUAUGGACCGCCUUACAAGCGCCCUCCAGGAAGACCUAAGGGAAAAGCAAGGAUCAAAGGUUUGCAUGAAUCACCAACUAAAAAUAAGAAGAAGUUCAAAGUUGGUAGAAAAGGAAGAAUAGCUCAUUGUGGUUUAUGUGGUGGGGCUGGACAUAAUUCAAGAAAAUGUCCUAAAGAGUCUGACGAGAGCCGGGCAAAGAGAAGGAAGCUUAAUGAAGAAGCUCGAAAUGCAGCUCAACUUCAAGCUCAAGAUGAAGCAGAAAUGGAACUUGCAAUGAUCGCUCAAGAGGAAGCUGCACUAAUGGGUCAAGAAGUUCAAGAUGUUACUUCGACUGCACCAUAA